AUGAGUUCAAAUCAACAACAACUACUUGCUUGUCUUCAUACUGGUCAGACAGUUGAUAUUCAACGAUCAAAUGGUCGUAUACAUCAAGCUGUUAUAACACAAAUUAAUAAUGAAACAAAAAGUGUUACAGUUGAAUGGCAAGAAAAAAAUGAAGGCAAAGGAAAAGAAGUCGAUUUAGAUGCAAUUCUUUCACUUAAUCCAAAUCUUUUUACAGCCGUAACUAAUCCAUCAAAUGGUGCUGUUGAUCAUGAUGCAAAUAAUAAUAAUAGUGAUCAUUAUACCAAUGGUGGGACUGUUUCACAUCCAAAUCGUCGAACAAAACAACAAGGUGCUGGCGCUGCUACUGAUUCAGAUACUUCACGUAAACAAACUCAACCACCUGUUGCCGUUGCUGCUUCUCGUCCUGCAGUUAUUCCAACAGCAGCUGCACAAGUUAAUCCUGAUGUAUCUCCACAAAAACAACAACAACAACAACCACCAAUUACAGCUGCUCAACAAGCACAAAUAGAUUCAAAUAAAUCGAAAGUUGUUAAAGAAAUUGAACGUAUAGCUGCUAAUCGUGAACAACGUCGUAUAAAACAAGAUGAACGCCGACAAAAAUUAUCUGAAGUUGAUCAAUCUAUUCCAGCAUGGGAAUUUCAAGCAAUGGUUAGUGAAUAUAGACAACAACUUGAUGUAAAAUUAUUAGCAAUGAAUGAACCACAAAAAGAUUUAAAAAUUUGUGUUUGUGUACGUAAAAGACCAAUAACAAAAAAAGAAUUAAGCAAAAAAGAUAUUGAUGUAUUAACAAUACCAAAUAAAGAACUUGUUAUAGUGCAUUUACCAAAAGUUAAAGUUGAUUUAACAAAAUAUAUUGAUAAUCAAAAAUUUCGUUUCGAUUAUGGCUUUCAUGAAACAUGUAAUAAUGAACUUGUUUAUCAUUUUACUGCUCAACCAUUAGUACAUUCAUUAUUUCAAGGAAAUAAUCCAUUGGUAUUUGCCUAUGGACAAACUGGUUCUGGUAAAACAUAUACAAUGGGUGGUGAUUUAAGUCAACGUGAUGUCGAUUUUUCCAAAGGAAUCUAUGCAUUAACAGCUAAUGAUAUUUUUCGUCAUUUAAAUAAAUCUCAAAAUAAAGGUCAAUUUGAUGUAUAUUGUACAUUUUUUGAAAUCUAUUGUACCAAAGUAUUUGAUUUAUUUAAUGAAAAAAAACGUUUACGUGUAUUAGAAGAUCAUAAAAAUUUAGUACAAGUUGUUGGUAAAAAAGAAGAACAAGUUGAAUCUGUUGAAGAUGUUAUGACAUUAAUUCGUCGUGGUAUGAGUGUUCGUACAUCAGGUACAACAUCUGCUAAUGAAAAUUCAUCACGAUCACAUGCAGUUUUUCAAAUAACAUUAAAGAAAAAAAAUACGACGAAAGAAUAUGGAAAAAUUUCUUUAAUUGAUUUAGCUGGUAGUGAACGUGGACGUGAUACACAAACAAGUGAUAAAACAACAUUAAUGGAAGGUGCACAAAUUAAUAAAUCAUUAUUAACAUUAAAAGAAUGUAUUCGAUCAUUAGGACGUAACGCUGAACAUGUACCAUUUCGUGGUUCAACAUUAACAAAAGUUUUACGUGAUUCAUUUAUUGGUGAACGAUCAAAAGUUUGUAUGAUAGCAAUGGUUUCACCAGGAAAUAGUGAUGCUGAACAUACAUUAAAUACAUUACGUUAUGCAGAUCGUGUUAAAGAAUUAAAUGUUGAUGAACUUAAACAACGGGGCGGAGGAAAUCUUCCUGGACAAGCUAUGGGUGGACAUGAUGAUAUGGGUCAAGUCAUUGAUGAAGAAGAUGAAAUUGAUGAUGAUGAUGAUAUUGAUGAUUUAGCUGGAAUGAAUAUAAAUAAUAAUAAUCAAGUUAAUGUACCAACAUCACGUAUUGGUGGACAACAAUCAAAUAUCCCUAAAUUACAACAACAACCAGCAAGUAACAAACGACCUGUUGGACAAAAUAAAAAAUCUGAUGCAUCACGUAAAUUUGAAGAAGCAAUUGCACGUUCACAAGAAAUUGAAGAUUUAACAUUAGAAUCACAUAAUGAAUUAAUUGAUGAUUUACCACAAAUUGUUGCUAAUCAUCAAAGUUUACUUGAUUUAUCAACUAAUAUGAAUUAUGAUCGAGAUGAAUAUGCAAAACAAUUAAUUAAUCUUAUUGAUAGUCAACAACAACAUUUAACUGAAUUACGUAAUAAAGCAUUACAAAUGCGAGAAGCUGUUGCUUAUGAAGAUUUAUGUGCUAAAGGUUUAUCAUCAAAAUGA